AUGGCCGCUUCGACCACCUCAAAUAAUUCGCUCGACCACUUUCUUUCACCUCUUCCACCGUCCACUAUAAGUUCUCUGAGCCCUCGGCCGCAAAACUUAACUGCUCACUAUAGACCAAUUUCAACCAUCAUUUAUCCGCCGUCGGAUUCAGCGGCGGUACUUGACUUGUCUCCACCGAAAUCACGACGGACCAGUGCACUAAAUAGACCAUUAUCAACCGCAUUUCACACCAUGGGAUUCCUCAAAUCCACCAAGUCCAAGGGGAAGGAGAAGGAGGAAAGGCCGAUUAUGCUUCAGAAAGAUAGCUUCUUCAAUAGGACUCUCAAGCCCAAGAAGUCGCUAAAUUCCCUCAUGGUUCUUCAUGAAGAGAUUCCUCACUUAUCCUCUACACCUCCAGCCCUCUACACACCAAGUCUGUCCUCGACUUUUGCCGAAAGCUCGACUGCAGGCUAUUCCAAUGCUUCUACGCCAACUGCUACUUCUGCUUCCGCUUCCUCGUCUUCCACGCUGACCCCAGUCACUGGUUCUUCUGAGAACUCGUCAGUAGUUCUGGACGAUUACGAGUACACUCAUGGUGAUAAGUACGAGGCGAAGGAAAAUUGGAUAACAAGGAAACAUAGACUGAAGUUACACCCAUAUGGAGCCGACGCUCCAUAUAUGCAAUCAUACGACUCGGUAUCUCUCUCUGCCGAUCGCUAUACACAUCUACUCUUACGCCGUCUCAACCCUAAUGGGACGCCGAGCUUUUACGAUUAUGUCAAGAACAAGAAACCAAUUCCUUCUUCCAUCUUAGAUCUUGGCUGUGGCGAGGGACAUUGGAUUAUAGAUGCUCACGCUUCAUGGCCUGAAGCGCGUAUCGUUGGAUUCGACUUGGUUGAUGUUAUACUUCCUGAAGUUCGCCAUAACGAACGACUUCAUUUCGUCCGCGGAAACUUUAUACGCUAUCCUCUUCCAUUCCCUCACAGCUCCUUUGAUCUCAUCCGAGUUGCCAACUUGUCGCUGGCCAUCCCAACCGAACGCUGGAACUUCGUACUAUCCGAAAUCCACAGAGUACUCCAAGUUGGGGGCCGGUUAGAGCUCAUCGAUGAUGCUUUCUGCUUUCCCUAUGGGAAAGAGACCGUUACUCCCAGCCCGCGAGUCCGGACUUUUGCUACUGCUCCCAACCGACGAAGGCGUUCGUCUAGUAAGCAGAAAUCGUCUGCUUUCGACCUAUCAGAUGAUGACGACGACGAUUAUGACGCCGGCUCAUCGAUUGAUGAUCACCAUACCGGGGAUGGGAUCAAAGAUGGGCAAGGACAACUUGGAGAAAAUAGCGAUGACAUAGAAGCUCAAGAUCAAGGAACCAGUCUAGACGUUGAUUCUGUUGAGCAACCAAGUCCCACCGUUGACGAUGGGUCUUCAGAAUGUCCAUCUUCACCGGAAACCGCUGGGGAUGGUCUUUUCUUGGACGUUGAAGACUAUCAAUCUUCUACUUCUUCAUUACAUGAUCUAGACCAAGAGGAGUCUAAGCUAUCCUCUUUAGACCCGCUUUCGUUUCCGACUUCGAGACAGUCAGUUAGACCUCUUCCACCUCCCCGCCGCCCACUGCCUCCGCUUCCUACCUCCCCUUCAUUUAUGAACACGACUUUUACUCCCCCUGCGAAACCCUGCGACGAUGAGGAUAACCUCGUGACGCCGACAAAACUCGACAUCACUCUUCCAACUCCAGCCUUGGUUCUGAACUCUGCGGAACUGAGUAACAGCUUCCCGGAAUCCCCCGAAGAGGAACAAAACGUCGUUCCAUCACCCGAAACACCCCUAAGCAUACCUGCAAAUCCUCCUUCAGACGAGGACACAUCCGAGUGGGCCAAUAGCGCUAACGAUGGCAAAGCUUUGGAAGCAAUAUUCUACAACAUGCUGGAAACCAAAUAUGGAAUCCAUACCCGAACUCCGAAAGGUGUUACUACCUUCAUGAAGGACAUAUUUGGUCCCGACAACGUUCGAAAGUUACGGAGUAUGCAUCUCAAAUUGGCCCCCUCCGAGCUCGAAGAGCUCAUUCCUCACACAAAACGUCCGAAAUUCCGUGUCAGGUCGUUGAGCAAGGGCACGGAACUCGAUACCCGACUCGAAAGUGAGGGCAAAUUCGGUGUUGCUAAGAAACACGGGAAGAACGGCGACGGAGAUAUUAAAAAGGAUAAAAAGUCAAAGAAGGAGAAAGAGCAUGCUGUGCCGUUCCCGUCCUUGAAAGAUCCUGUUACUCGAAGUCGGGCAAAUACUGCAGAAUCUCAUGAGGUUCGCCCCAGUUCGGAGAGUAGUGUUUUUCCUACUACUUUAAACGCAAAAGCGGCCGGGCGACUUGGGAUCCCUUACAGUGCUCUAGCAGUGACUCCGAAAACAGCGCAAACCUCACCUCCGUCUAUUCCAUCAGUUCACUCCAAUCACUCCGCUAGCAGUGUAGCCUCGAUGAGCUGUGUCAGCGAUGAAUCACCUCGCAGUUCAUCUGACACCCAGACCUCAUUUGAUGCUCCCGAGGAACCCGUCCCUGUACAACAAUCUCCAGGCCUACUGUUGCUUCCAUCCACGUUCAUCCCUAUGCCACCUGCAGAGCUGGAGAUGCAUGCUUGUAAACACAUGCAUACUUUACUCAGUUGCAAACGCGCCAUAUUCGAUUGGCUCCUUUACAACGAGGAUGGGACCGAUAACGAUUGCAUUUCCGAAGACUCACUUCGAGAUGCCUUCUUUGAAUAUGAUUCCUUCCGCCGUUUGCGCCUUAACUGGCCAUCGCAAACACCCGAAAUAAACACAAAUGACUAUGAUUACAAGAAAAACAUCGAAAUUUCUUUCGAAGGCCCCAAGUCGAGUGGCUCUCGAUCUUCGACGGUCUCCAUCGACUCUCGACUCUCCUCCACAUCGGAGGCGUCUAUCGGCCCAUACAAUAGACACGCUCUCACCCAUGUCCGGACCUUCCGAGUGUAUUUAGCUGUCAAAACUAGAAGGCUUUCGUUCAGGGCCUCCACCUGA